CUGCCUCCUUGCAAGUUUAAAGAAUUUCAACUACCCAAUGAGAGCUCUGUGCAACAAAUCAUCAAGUCUCUGUUUACGAAGACCUGUUCGUUAGAUCCUAUCCCUACUCAUGUACUUAAGAAUCAUUUAGAAUCCUUGACUCCUCUGCUUACAGAUAUAGUUAAAACCUCACUCUCGGAAGGAGUAUUUCCAAACACACUAAAGAUAUCUCAUCUUAGCCCACGUCUGAAGAAGCCAGGCCUUGAUAAAGAUCUAUUUCCAAACUUUAGACCGAUCGCCAACAUAGCUUUUCUUAGCAAAGUCUUAGAGAAAACAGUUGCGGUUCAAGCACAAGAUUUCCUGAAUUCAAAUAACCUUUAUCCUUCUUUCCAAUCAGCUUAUCGAAAAUUCCAUUCUACAGAGACAGCGUCACUGAAAGUAACUAAUGACAUCUUAAGAACCAUUGACAAUCACCAGGAUGUCAUUCUUGUAAUGCUUGAUCUAUCGUCAGCUUUCGAUACCUUAGAUCAUGAUAUAUUAUUGGCAAGACUUGAAUCAUAUUUUGGAUUUUCGGAUACAGUAAUAAAAUGGUUUAAAUCAUAUCUCACUGGACGUUCGCAAUCUGUUGUAAUUGGCGAUGUUGUGUCCACAUUAAGACAUCUUGAAUAUGGCGUGCCAUACACACCUUGCUCUAUUUACACUCUACAUAGCUCCACUUGA